GGUGGCCAUGUUUGCUCGAAGAAGGAUCAGUUCUCAAGGGCCGUUGAAAGGCCUUGAUGCUUUGCUCUGUUACUUGAGAAGAGUCCCAUUGGAUUAGUCUGUUGUGCUGAUGGAACUUCACCGAUACAGUGCGUUCAGGGGUAUAGAUAUACCUCAAGACUGGUGCUGAAAAAGAGAAGGGAAGGGAAGAGCACAACAAGGCAAGUGGCUCCGAGAGGAAAUGGCUGUGACGCAAGAGAUAGUGGCUAUUGGGUCUCUGCUACAGGAGGGUACGGAUCCAGAAAUAAAGAUGGAGGAACAAGACUCGGUAGACUCUGAACCAGGAGAGGAAAGAGACAGGACGGUUCUUUCAAAACCCAAGAGGAGUAGUGAGGAAGCUGGUCAAGAUGUGAAACAGGAGCCAGAGGAAGGGCCAUCAAGGAAUUGGGAUGCCCAGUUGCAAGAUUUUCUGAGGACACUCCAGGGUUCUCGUUCGGUAGGGGAAAACCUACAACUGCCUGAGCGGAGGCCAUGGAAUGAGCUGAAUACAUCUCAUGGGCCUGCCCAGGAAGCAACAGAUGCCGACAAGUGGCCCAGAGGAUUGUGGGUUUCCCAAAUCCAGCCACAUCUCACUGGGGCGGCCGAACAAGAACACGAGAUCCACCUGGAUAUCACACCCAGGGGGAAGGAGAAGGAGGAGAUCGUAGCUGGAGAUGCUGCUCGGGUGGAGACACAGCGCCAGCGCUUUCGGACGUUGUGCUACGAGGAGGCUGGCGGGCCUCAAGAGCUUUGUGGGCAGCUCCAGGAACUCUGCCGCCGGUGGCUGAAGCCGGAGACACACACCAAGGAGCAGAUGCUGGAGCUGGUGACCCUGGAGCAGUUCCUGGCUGUCCUGCCACUGGACAUGCAGACCUGGCUCAGAGAAAACGGUCCAGAGACCUGUGCCCAGGCCGUGAGCUUGGCAGAGGGUUUCCUUCUGCGGCAGCGAGAGGAAAAAGGCUGGGGACAGCAGGUCAUAGGGAUGUCAGAAGAGGAAUCUGUAAAUCCUCCCAAAGCAAACCAGCCCGUGCCAGACACGUUGAAGACGCAGCUUUUUACAGAGGCCAAGCAGGAGAACGAUGCGAACGGGCAGUUUUUGAGUGACGAGUGGCCAAGCAAAAGUGAGGAACAGAAACCCUUCCUGGAGAUUCCUGAGCAGUUCUCAUCGCCUCCCAAAACAGCUAAAGGGGAUGAUUUGUUAUGUCAGAGAGAAGGUGUUAAAAACCAGCACGGGUUAGUGAGGCAGAAUGGAAACGACAAAGAGAAGGGGCCGGAUCAAUUUGUUCACUCACAGCAUGUUCCCAAAAGUGUUAGUGAAAACCCCACUUGGCAGCAUGAUGAGAAUGAGGUGCAAAACAACGGAAGUGCUGAAAGCUCGCACCUCACCCUGCACGAGGCCACUGAUGCAGAAGAGAAGCCAUACAAGUGUUGGCACUGUGGGCAGAGCUUCAGUAGCAGCUCAACUCUUGUGACACACGAGAGGACCCACGUGGGCGAGAAACUGUAUAAAUGCUCCCACUGUGGAGCCAGUGAGAGAACCCACACUGGUCAGAAGCCCCAUAAAUGCUCAUGCUGUGGGAAUACCUUUGGCUGGAAUCCUCACGAGCGAAUCCACACAGGAGAGAAACCAUAUACAUGUCUAGAAUGUGGGAAAAGCUGCAGCCAGAAAUCAGACCUUCUUAAACACCAGAGAACUCACACAGGUGAGAAACCAUAUAAAUGCUCGGUGUGUGGGAAAAACUUUCGAAAUGGCUCGGGUCUCAAAGUGCACCAGAGAAUCCACACAGGUGAGAAACCGUAUAAAUGUUUGCACUGUGGGAAGUGUUUCAGCUGGAGCUCCCACUUUAUUUCUCAUGAGAGAAUCCACACGGCAGUGUGCUCCUACUGUGGGAAAAGCUUCAGCCAAAAAUCGGAGCUCGUGGAACACGAGAAGACCCAUGGGCCAGAGGAGUUGUUUGCCUGUUUUGCCUGUGGGAAAAGCUUUGAUGUCAGUUCUGAAUUGGUUGCACAUGUGCGGACCCACAAAGAGAAGCCGUUUGAGUGCUCAGUCUGUGGGAAAACCUUCAGGAACAGUUUGCAGCGCAUUGCACACCAAAAAGUGCAUACGGGAGAGAAGCAGCAUAAAUGUUCCCACUGUGGAAAGAGCUUUAGCCAGAGGCAGAGUCUUAUUAUUCAUGAGAGAAUCCAUACGGGAGAAAAACCACACAAGUGCUUAGUGUGUGGGAAAAACUUCAGAAACAUCCCUAAUCUUAAAUCCCAUGAGAGGACCCACACAGGAGAGAAACCAUAUAAAUGCUCCCACUGUGACAAAAGCUUCCGGUGGAGUUCCCACCUUGUCUUGCACGAGAGAAUUCACACAGGAGAGAAGCCUUACAGAUGCUCAGACUGUGGGAGAACUUUUGACAGGAGAUCCAAUCUUCUUGUGCAUGUGAGAAUUCACACAGGACAGAGACCAUAUAUCUGUUCAGAUUGUGGGAAAUGUUUCACCUCCAGCUCUGUUCUUCUGCGACAUCAGAAAAUCCAUGCAGGAGAAGAAGCUUGUACAUGCUCAGAUUGUGGGAAAACCUUCAGGCAGCGAUCGGACCGGACGGAGAAGGUGUCGAAAUGUUCUGAGUGCAUCAGAAGCGGUUACCUGAGCUCAAGUCUGGUUGCGCAAGUGCAUGUGGAGGAAAAGCCAUUUGAAUGUUCAGUUUGUGGGAAAACAUUCAGAAAUAGCUCUCACCUCACGGCACAUCAGAGCGUCCACACCGGCGUUCAACCAUAUCAGUGUUCAGACUGUGGCCGAAACAUUGUGAGGAGGCCCAAUCUUCUUGCACCUGCAAGUGACCAAGCAGGGCAAAAUCCGCAUAAAUGUUCAGGCUGUGAGAAAAGGCUUAGCUAGAGCUCAGUUCAUACGAAACCGGAACAAAUUGUAAUUGGAUUUCCUGCCAUUCAUGCUUCAUGCACUUUGGGCCUUCCCUUCCCUUUAAAAAUGAAGUUCCUUUCCAUUUACUAUCCUCUGCCGAGAGCCAUUUAAUUUACCGGCUCUAAAUGUGAACCGCUUGAGGAUUGUAUUACAAUUAGCGGUAGAUAAAUAUCACAGAUAAAAAUUAAUAAAUAAUAAUCAGGGGUGUUGAACCUCAGACCUGGGGACUGAAUCUGGGCUGGCCACGCCCCUUUCCCUUCCCCCACGCUGAUCAUUGGCUUUUUUUGGUAGUUUUCUGGUUCUUGCAUGGUUUUCCCUCCCCUCCUUUUCCAAAGGGUUGAAAUGACUUUCCUAAGGCUUGGUUAAGAACUUCAAGCUAAAAUAUGCUGGUAUUUUUGGGUGUUUUGGCUCCACCCACCACUGGAAUAUGGCCCCUGAAAGCUUCUCCAAAGUGAAAUUCGGCCCUCAGGCUGAAAGAGGUUCUGCAUCCCUGUUUCAGACCCUGGAGUUAAUAGUCUUUCGGGGGAGGAGGCGGGAGAGGGGAGCGUUGCAGGGCCCUGGUUAUUACUUUAGCUGUGAAGUCUACAACAUUUCUGUUCCCUGGCUCACUUCCAUUCCAUGCUUUACAACUGCUUCUACAUUCCUUUUAUUUAUUUUAAUUUUGUACUUGCAUAUAUAACAAAAACAACAAAAAGAAGGGGGAAAAGAGAAAAAAGAAAAAGGAAGAACAUGACAUAAAAUAUAUCCAUACACCAUCAUUUACAGCACCAAUAGAAUCAUAGAAUUGGAAGGGGCCUAUAAGGCCAUGGAGUCCAACCCCCUGCUCAAUGCAGGAAUCCCCCUUAAAGCAUAUAUUCUCCAAAUGAAAGAGAGAAACAAGAGAGAGUUUUCAUCUGUUGUUUGGGUUUCAUCGGGGGUGGGGGUGGUUGUAUCGUCUUCCAUGUAGUCACUCAACCCUGUAUAUUACCUUGGCCACUGGUUGCCAUUUUGAGUCCCAUUGAUUUCAAGGUUAAGGAAACCUCAAGGAAAGUUAAGUGCAUGUUUUAACUCCGUUCCUCUGAAAGCCUUGGGACUUUAAAAGCACUCACUUGUGAUUGCAUUGUGUUGGACUUUCACAUCUGCGGAGUGGGGGAGGCUGAAGAGAUUUUCAAAGCUGAUGUUUGGACAAGGCUAGAACGGGACCCCUCCGUCUGCUUCCACUUUUCUGUCAAAGUAUGAACAUUGGGAGCUGGCACGUUCUUUCCCUCAUUUCUGGUCUGGACAAGGAACAAAAGAAGAGCUCUCUAUGUGGUUGUUUUUUUACAAAAAUUAAAACAACCUUUAUUGUUUUAAAAUGGUCAGGCCAAACACAAAAUGACGAGCCUGCCUUUAUUUGUUAGGUGUUGGGAUUCAAUAUGUG